GGACUUUGACGCGCUUUUACGCACCGCUCUCAGUUGGAGGAGUUUUGAGCGCAAGAGGAUGUCGGACACACACGUGGGUUUUCUGCCGCGUAUAGGCUUUUCAUCGCCGAAAGGAUGACUCGGGACGACUGUGAUUCUCUGGAGGACUCCCAAAGCGAUGUUGAAAAGAUGCUGCAAUUAAACGUCUCCGAGUCAUUGCGCGAAGGCAAUGUCACCAAGAAUUCCAGUUGUGGAUCUGUAUCCGUUGGUUUCCCUAUAACCAUGAUGAUCACCGGCAUGGUGGGCAACUCAUUAGCUCUUAUUCUGGUGUAUAUCUCUUACAAAAAGAAGGAAAAUAAAAGGAAAAAGUCUUUCUUGCUUUGCAUUGGAUCACUGGCGUUAACUGACCUGUUUGGACAGCUUUUGACAAGUCCAAUAGUAAUAUCAGUUUACCGAGCUGGCAAGAAAUGGGACGAUAUUGACUCUUCGGGCAAUUUGUGCGCUUUUUUCGGUGUGUGCAUGACAACUUUUGGCCUUUGCUCUCUCUUCUUGGCCAGUGCCAUGGCUAUUGAAAGGGCUAUGGCGAUAACAAACCCCCACUGGUACUCCAACCACAUGAAGACAAGUGUGACAAAGCAGACUUUGGCUGCCAUAUGGGGUCUUGUGUUGCUCUUUGCGCUUCUGCCCGUUGCAGGGGUCGGGGAAUACACACAACAGUGGCCGGGCACCUGGUGCUUUAUCAGCACGGGGGACAGGAAAGUCGCGGGCAAUAUGUUUUUCGCCAUCACUUUUGCUGUACUUGGGAUUUUCUCUCUGCUUGUAACGCUUUCCUGCAAUGUUGUGACGAUCCGGGGCUUAAUUAUCCGAUGCAAAACAAAGUCUGGCACGUCUCAGUCUUCAAAGCAGUGGGAACGGCUCACCACGGAGACCGUCAUUCAGCUGUUAGGCAUUAUGUGCGUCCUGCUUAUAUGCUGGUCUCCUCUGCUGGUGCUGAUGCUGAUGAUGAUCUCCAACCAGGUCUCCUCCCACGAGUGCAAUUCAACAGCAGUGUCCACCAACCACACCUCCAACCGGGACAUCCAGCUAGACUGUAACUUUUUUCUAACGGCGAUCCGAUUGGCCUCCCUCAACCAGAUCCUGGACCCGUGGGUCUACCUGCUCCUCAGGGAGAUCCUCCUGCGCAAGUUCUGCCUCGUGGCCAACGCAGUGUCCAACUGCUCCAUAGAUGAGCACAAGGAGACGCAGGCAGCACUGGACGCUCUUAACAAGGAGAGCAAAGACAGCAACAACCUUCACAAACCACAAAGUAGCUAAGAGAAGACAGGAUUUGCUUUCAUGUGUCUUUGAAGCCAAGACAGAUUGUAUGGAUGUGAAAACGGAUGCACUAUUGUCUUGACAUGAGGGUGACACAUUUCUUCAUUUCCUCGACAGACGGAUAUUGUGCAGUGGGAGACAAGUGUUGUCUCUGUUCUAGCCAUAAUGAGAACCAGUCAUGUCUGCUCUGUCCACAUUUGUUUUCCUUAAAAUACAUUCCAUUCAAAGUCACCUAACCAGCAUGUGGAUGCAUGACCGUGUCGCCUCGUGCAUUUGGCUGCAGGAACAGGAACUCCCUCAUUGGUACUUUUCAGUUUUGGAAACAUUUCCUACGUCCAAACACUAAACAAGGAUGACUCUAAUCUGACUUAUAUGGAAGUGGCUCAUCUCAUUUUAAUUUCUGAACGGCGUCAUUGCUUUCAACAACCUGAAGCCAUAAGCCAGUGAAAGGACACUGACAUGGGUUUGUGAAUGUCUGUAAAUUUAGAAGAAAACUGUAUUAUAUUAAGUUGUUAAUACUGUUGCCAUAUCUUACAUUAGAUGUAACUGCGGUGAUUAUUCAGAAGAAAAAUGCAAAUCCUAAACUGGAGCCAAUUGUUGAUUGUAAAUUAUUUAUUAAUGUCUGUAGUGUUGUAAAGUUAGUUAUUUCCAUGCUAAAUGUUGAUGAUGCUACCUACUGGUUAUCAGUUGUUGUAAAUUUUAUAAUAUACUUUAUAUGGAGUUCGUCGGUCCGGGACUAAGAAAUGUGAAGCUUUUUAGUUUGUUGCUGAUUUCCCUUCUGAAUAUGAAUACACUGGUUUAUUGUUGUGUAAUUAUUUUCUCAGCAAUUUUCUUUUUUUAAUAACUUGAAGGCCUGUUAUUAUGUUAAGUCAGAGUGGAAAUGACUGUAGAUCUGUGGUGUUCAACAUUAUAAGGUUAUGGAUGACAGGGUGGCCUGAUACUGUAAUCAAAGGCUGUCAAAGUGUCAUUGAGCAAGAGUCUUUCAUCAGAUUCAAAGGGUUCUUGUUAUCCAAGUCCACAAUGUGUAAUGACACGUAUAGUUUCACCAGCCAAAUCUGUGUGGGCAAAAAAAAAUAUCAUUUGUGCAGCCAUGUGACCAGUUACAUCAAUAUUUGUACAGAGAAUGGUACUCUUUGGGUUCAAGGCUGAUGAGCAGAAAGUAAUGGAAAUAAGGAAGCCAUGUCCAAAACUAACGGCGUGAAAUUUGAAGAUCAAAAAGCUUUUUUGGCACACUGCUUGCUGCUGCACAGAAUGUACACAGCUUCAUGUGCAAGGCCAACAGUGUUCGGUGGCCACAUUCAUACACCAGUAGAUGCACUUUUAAUGUUUGAUCAUUCAGCUAAAUUAAUUAAUUUUAUUUCUGUGGUGAUUUGCCUUGGUCAUGUUGAAUGUAUUCAAUCGCAUUUAUUCUACUCAGCCAAAUCAUGUCCUUGUAGCCUUGAUGCCACCUCAAAAUAGAAGUAAAUUUUCAUUUCUUUUUAAUGUGUACAGAGGAAUUCAAUGUCCUUUUCAAUGAGGUGGUUUGCUUUUAGUGCCAAAUGACUUGAUUUGAUUAACCCAGAGUGCUGUUGGCAGGCAAUGGCAAUCCAUUCCUUUUACAGUGAUGCAAGUAUUAUCUAUUUUUCUGCUACCUUGUCAUUUAUUACACUGUAAAUGUAUUUAAAGAGGUCCGCCACCUCAGUCAAAGACAUCUCAAGGGUGGACACAUUUGCUGUCAUAGUAACCUUCAGGUUAUGGGACAAUUUCUCACACCAACACAACUCUGCCUUUUCAGCACACCAGCUAACAAGAUUAGACUCAUGUACACUCUGCUCUGCCUGGUCUUGCCUUUGCCUUUCAAAUGUAAUAAUACAUACAAAUUCAGUGGUAACAACCCCAUAGGGAACUGCAUAAGCCAUGUAAAAGAUGAACACUUCCUGUCUCCACAUGUGGAGUGUGUCUUGUAUUGAUUGUGAAGCCGCUCAACGAUCGAAAAAUGUAAAAGGAAAGAAGAAAACAAAGCUUUUGUUUAGGAUUGUAUUGCACAUAAAUCAAUGAUAUGGCAUUAUUCUGGAGCUAUAAAUUUGGAGAAAACACUGUUUUCUUCAACAAGUAAUCAGCUUCAUUAAUGCCUAAGUGCUAUCACACUAACAGUGUUCAUUGUAAUAAAUGUCGCACUAAUUGAGCUUGUGACUCUGCAUUAUGAGCUUUGAUUCUCAGCAUAUGUUCCUCUUGUGCAGCAGUUAAUGUGCAGCAUCUGGGGUCUAAUCCAUGCAUCUUAAGACAAUGAUUUGUUUUGGAUUUGGCUUACAAUUCACUCAAUCAGCCUCCACUUGAAUCUGCGUCAUGUAAUUAUUUCAGUUCUCUGUCAAAGUGACUCUAAAACUUCCUGUUAUUUAGGUAAUAAAGAUAAUGGUGCAAAGGAAUAUCCCCUUAAAGCUAACUGGCCCUGCGUUUGAUUCAGAAUUUUCCAGGUUAAUUCAACCACAUGCCCUCCACUCCAACCCCCAGUGGAAAAGAAAAUGGCAAAAUAAUAAAUCAAUCUUUGUAAAUAGAAAACAUUAUACAUUUCUCCCUCAGUAAUGGACCCAGUACAGGCUUUCUUUAUUUCUAUAGUACCGUUUAAAUAUGAAUGACUAUUAGAACCUGGGGAGAUGCAUACACAGUAAUAUGACAUUAUCCAAGCUCUAGUUUAUUGAUUCUUCAAAGCGAAUCAUAGAAGACGGCUUCAUUAAGAGGUGUGUCAGAAUUUAAUUGCUCUCUGGUACAAACAUGCUAUUGCAUAUUAAUGUCGAGCUUUGAUUGUGCGGACGGUGAAUGUUUGUGAACAUCCUUAAAUGUUGUUCAUUUGUGUAAGGAACAGGCCGCCUCAGCAGGCAAUUACACACAAGGAUCCUGCAGCAGCAUCGGAGGGAGUGUACAAUUACAUAAUGAUUUGAAAAAAAGGCUUUAUGACGGCCGGAGAAUCUGGUGCUGCCAGCUGGCUCCCUCUCUCACUCAAGCCACUAAUGCAUGGAAGUUAUUUAGUGAUUGCCUCAUGAGCUGGUGAGUCACUUGAUGUCUUGAGAUUUUAAGGCAAGAAAAGAUUGUUCCUGAUUUAUUUUUUUCAAACCCACAGUUUUCACCUUAGGAGGCUGAAAUUUGGCCUGUGGAUGAAUGUGCAUAUGUGGUCGCUGCUGUUGCAAAUUUGCACUUCUUAUUACAUUUUUUGAUAAUCCUGCAGCCAAAUGCUUAAUUGUUUAGUAUUUAGUUGACCUUAUACCCUUAAAAAAACACUCACUGUGCCAUAAUAAUAAUAAUUUUGACCAUCAUUCUGCCAACAUUGCCCUCUAUCAACUUGAAGUAGAGUAGAAAAACAGCAAAAAAAUCCCACAUCUAACCCCCGUAAACUCCUUGUGUUGGAUGUAGUCAGUCAUGACUGAAAUAAACAAUGUACACAGUUUUUGCACUGAGCAGGUGUCUUUUUUUUUUUUUAGAAAGAACUGACUGGAUAAAAUCUUAUACCUUUUUUGUCUCUUUUGUUCGUCCAAUAACUCGGAACAAACCUGUUGCAUACCACCGCAGUACACUGAUAAAGUACAUGCCGAUCCCUCGCUGCCAUGUGGAGCUGUCGCCAGGCAAUGUCGCCUAUUGCAGCUUCACUGUUGUUGAGUUGUUAGUCAUACGUUUUGUUUGGCAUCCACUGUAGACAUUAAUCAUCUUUAAAAGGCUAGAACCAACCAGGCAGGUACCACAUGCAAAGUGUCUCUAGAGUCUAAAGAGCACAUGAUGGUGUCACAUGUGCAACAGAAACAGGUUCAACACAGCAGCCACGGCUCUACUGAUGAAUGCAAAUACAUACCAGAUGUCCAUCUUCUUAUCUCUGUUCCAUUCCGCCUCUGUUUGAAUGUUUAACGACAUCUCUUUAUACUGAAAUGUUUCUGAACUCUGAGACCCGAUUCUCAGAUGAGGGCUAUCUACAUACUUUGGCACAGCUACUGCAUCUCUCUCAGUACUGUUGUUACUUUCACGCUUUGUUAGGAAUGCUGUACAUUUUUUUUGCAACCUUUUCCAUUUUUCCUUUCAGAUGUUCUGACACAUCUGUUAAAGAUGAUAGGCUUAUAUAACAUGUUACUGACCUUACCUCUACCUACCUAUCAAAGUGUCCUUUUGGCCCUUAAUGUCUUUGUCCUCUACUUGACUUGUAUUAGUUCCACAUGCACUUUUGAUUCAUUUUGUUGCUGUGUUCUUGGCUUAUGUGAUGCUGUAAUGUCAUUAAAGGAUAUUAACAUAUUUUUUCAUAUUUUGUGGCUGCUUUUGUGGCUGCUGAAGCAUGUUUUCUUAUUAAAUAUUUAUACAUACUUCUCUAUCAUACUAAUUAAUAACUGAUGCAAGUGCAGUGUAAAGUGUUUUAUAAGCAGUGUGCUUCUUGAACUGAACUCUGGUUAGGCGGAGCCAAGACAUAUGUUUAAAAGAAACUGAGAAAUAGGGGCAGUCUGGUCUCCAGUGGUGUAAGACUCAUUCCACAGUUCAAAUUUUUAUUAUCUCCUAUGUGAAACAAAUCCUCAGAACUGAAGAAGCGUCAGAAGCAUCCUCUAACAAAAGACGUAACAGACAUUACAUAUGCCAAUGUGAAUGUGUUAUUCACUGGUGAAUGUUUUGAACACUGUGAAUCUUGUUAAAUGCUGCUGGCCAAAUUAAAGCAUGUGUAGGCUUCUAUUGUUUGUUGACCUUGUGCAAUGUGUUUCCCAUUGGCCAAUAAAUGGA